CCAUUUCUACUUUUAAUUAUCCCAAACGACAUCACAACCGUCGUCUCAUCCUGCAUGCGCUCUUCCCUCCUUCCCCCUCCAUCUCCUCAAUUCCCUCGCCCUUCCCAUUCACGAACCGGAAUCCCAAAACCCUCGCUCUUUCCAGCUAUGAAGGAUCGGCCUCCGUCCUCUUACGGCGCCGUCUACGUCCCUCCUCACCACCGUCUCCGUUCUGUCAACACUGUUCCCAACAAUAGCAGUAAUCACUCCUCAGCCGCUUCGUCGAUUGAAUCCAAGCUGCGCGGUCACCAGGUUGCCGUUUCUUUAAACUCCUGGAACGGCAGUCCGCCUUCGGUGCCUCACUCGCAUCAACAGCAAAAGCAGCAAUCAGUGCAGCAACCGCCACUGCAGAGGAGUUCUAACAACAACAACAACAACAACAACAGUAAUCAUAAAAAUAAUAACAACAAUAGCGAUUUGAAGUAUAAUUCUGCUUAUGAUGACGUCAUUUCUGAGGACGGUUCGGAUCACGAGCCUGAUUCAGUGGUGCAACAGGACACUUUCUGUUUUGCCAGCGUUGAUGAAUGGAAGCAAAAGCUGGCCAUGCUUUUACGUGAUGAAGGAAAACAAGAAUUGGUCUCAAGGGAGAAGAAGGAUAGACGAGAUUUUGAGCAAAUUGCAGCUCUUGCGAGCAGAAUGGGUUUGUAUAGCCAUCUUUAUUCUAAAGUUGCUGUUUUUAGUAAGGUCGCCCUUCCUAACUACAGAUUUGAUCUGGAUGAUAAGCGUCCUCAAAGAGAGGUUGACCUAAACAGUGGUUUGCUAAAGAGAGUUAAUAACUAUCUUGGGGAAUAUCUUUCUUGGAAGUCUAGGACUAAGGAAAGCCUUUCAGAUAUUUGUUUUUCAAGAUCAAGUAGUAGUGGUAGUGUGGCAACUGAAGGACUUUUUGAGCAGCCAGAGCUGCUGGCAUCCAGCAAGCCUGUCAUGCAGAAAAUUCUUUGGCGAAGAAGUUUGCACCUGCGUGACCAGCAAGAAGCCUGGCAGGAGUCUUCUGAAGGCAGAAGAAUGCUUGAAUUUCGUCAAAAUCUCCCUGCUUACAAAGAGAAGGAUGCCAUAUUGGCAGUCAUCUUGCAAAACCAGGUUAUUCUUGUCUCAGGGGAAACUGGGUGUGGCAAGACCACUCAAAUUCCCCAAUUUAUUCUAGAAUCAGAGAUAGAUUCUAUUCGUGGGGCCACUUGUAACAUUAUAUGUACACAGCCCAGGAGACUAUCUGCCAUUUCUGUUUCAGAAAGAGUUGCUUCUGAGAGAGGGGAGAAAUUGGGUGAAUCUGUUGGGUAUAAAGUACGGCUUGAGGGUACAAAGGGGAGGGAAACACACCUUCUUUUUUGCACCACUGGCAUAUUGUUGAGAAGAUUGCUUGUUGAUAAAAAUUUAAAAGGUGUAACCCAUGUUAUCGUGGAUGAGAUUCAUGAACGUGGAAUGAAUGAAGAUUUCCUGCUCAUUGUCCUCAAAGAUCUUCUUCCUCGCCGUCCUGAGUUGAGGCUGAUUCUUAUGAGCGCAACUUUAGAUGCUGAGCUUUUCUCAUCGUACUUUGGUGGGGCUCCCAUAAUUCACAUUCCAGGUUUUACAUACACCAUUCAAACACAUUUUUUGGAGAAUAUCCUGGAGAUGACGGGAUAUAGAUUGACCCCAUUCAAUCAAAUCGAUGAUUAUGGUCAGGAAAGGAUGUGGAAAAUGAGUAAGCAAGCACCAAGAAAGAGGAAGAGUCAAAUUGCUUCCACAGUUGAGGAUGCACUCAAGGCAGCUGAUUUCAAGAAUUUUAGCCUGCAGACUCGGGAGUCUUUGCUGUUUUGGAAUCCUGACUGUAUUGGUUUUAAUCUCAUAGAGUAUCUUUUAUCCUAUAUAUGUGAGAAUGAAAGGCCUGGCGCUGUUCUAGUUUUUAUGACUGGGUGGGAUGACAUAAGUUCUUUAAAGGAUAAGCUUCAAGCUCACCCUGUCCUUGGAGAUCCAGACCGAGCUCUGUUGCUUGCCUGCCAUGGUUCUAUGGCUAGUUCUGAGCAGAGGUUAAUAUUUGAAGAGCCAAAAGAUGGAGUGAGAAAAAUAGUGCUAGCAACUAAUAUUGCCGAGACAAGCAUUACAGUUAAUGAUGUUGUUUUUGUUCUUGACUGUGGAAAGGCAAAAGAGACAUCAUACGAUGCACUGAAUAACACUCCUUGUUUGCUCCCAUCGUGGAUUUCCAAGGGUUCAGCUCAGCAAAGAAGAGGAAGAGCUGGCCGAGUUCAACCUGGAGAGUGUUACCAUCUUUAUCCUAAAUGUGUCUAUGAUGCUUUUCCUGAAUAUCAGUUGCCUGAGAUUUUGAGAACACCAUUGCAGUCCCUUUGUUUGCAAAUCAAAAGUUUAAAACUUGGGAGUAUCUCUGAGUUUCUAUCAAGGGCACUGCAGUCACCAGAGUUACUAGCGGUGCAAAAUGCCAUUGAAUAUUUAAAAAUCAUUGGGGCACUAGAUGAGAAUGAGAAUCUGACUGUUCUAGGGCAUUAUUUGACUAUGCUUCCAGUGGAGCCAAAACUUGGAAAGAUGCUAAUACUAGGUGCUAUACUUAAUUGCCUGGAUCCAAUACUUACUAUUGUUGCUGGUCUUAGUGUUAGAGAUCCUUUCUUAAAUCCAUUGGAUAAGAAAGAUCUUGCAGAGGCUGCAAAAUCUCAAUUUUCUGGUCAUUAUAGUGACCAUCUUGCUCUUGUUCGAGCUUAUGAGGGCUGGCAAGAUGCUGAGAUAGACCUUGGUGGAUACGACUACUGCUGGAAAAAUUUUCUUUCAGCACAAUCAAUGAAAGCUAUCGACUCUCUUCGAAAAGAAUUUCUUUCCCUGCUCAAAGAUACAGGUAUCAUUGAUGGGAGCACAAAUUGCAGUGCAUGGAGCUAUGAUGUGCAUCUCAUUAGAGCGAUUAUUUGCUAUGGGCUGUAUCCAGGAGUUUGCUCUGUUGUGCAUAAUGAGAAGUCAUUUUCACUAAAAACUAUGGAGGACGGACAGGUGCUUCUAUACUCAAACUCAGUUAAUGCUCGGGAAUCAAGAGUACCAUAUCCUUGGCUUGUUUUCAAUGAGAAGAUAAAAGUGAACUCUAUUUUCUUACGGGAUUCCACAGCUGUGUCUGAUUCAGCACUUCUCCUGUUCGGUGGUUGCAUCUCAAGAGGAGAUGCUGGUGGACAUUUGAAAAUGUUGGGAGGAUAUUUGGAAUUUUUCAUGAAGCCUGACGAGGCAGAUAUGUAUCAAAGCCUAAAAAGAGAAUUUGAUGAGUUGAUUCAAAACAAAUUACUGAACCCUGAAUUGGUCAUAAGCACCCAUCAUGAGCUCCUUUCUGCGGUGCGAUUAUUGAUCUCAGAGGAUCAGUGUGAAGGAAGAUUUGUAUUUGGCCGCCAGGUCCUUAAGCUUACAAAGAUGCCUGUUACGCCCAUUACGAAAACACAACCAACAUUGGUUUCAAGGACAGAGAGUGGACCUGGGGGUGAUAAUUCUAAGAGUCAGCUCCAAACACUGCUCACGAGGGCUGGAUAUGCAGCACCAAUGUACAAGACAAAGCAACUGAAGAACAAUCAGUUCCGGGCAACUGUGGAGUUCAAUGGUAUGCAGAUCAUGGGGCAGCCUUGCAGCAACAAGAAGAGUGCAGAAAAGGAUGCUGCAGCCGAGGCUCUGCUGUGGCUGAUGGGUGAGACGCAAGCAGGCCACGAAUUUAUGAAUCACAUGUCAAUGAUGCUGAAGAAAAGCAAGAGGCAUUACUGAAUUACCAUGGUUUUGUCUCCCAUUGAGGGCUUUGCAGGGCAUAUGAGCAGGGUACAUAUCCUCAUAACCCUUUUGUUAAUAGCAUCAGCUCCCCCUUUGCAGGGAAACAAAGAAGCAUCAGCGCCAUCUGAAAGCCAGAAAUCAGAUGAAACUCGUAUCUCCAUCUUCAAAUACUCCGAUGCUCUACUAAUAAAGAACCAAGUAUGACAGAUUUUGGUAGAAUUUCUGGUUUUCAUUGCAUGCUAGGAAGUGAUAAACACUACUUGUGACCUGCAGAAUGACUAUCAGUGCUGAGGUGCCUCUGGCUGACCUUUAUCAUCCAUUUUACUCAAGUGAUCCUGCAUUAAAAGCAGUUGAUGGGGCUCACAAGUCUGUCCGGAACAGUUGGACCUUCAACUAUCACAGCACCAGCAAGUAUUUAUACUGGGUAAGAAACAGUAACUGUAGUUGAAAUUUUGCAUCCUUUUCAGCUACACAAUUGUUUUGUACAUUAUCAGUUACAUUGAGUGCUUGCUAAGAGUAGGCUUGCAAUACCCAAGCAAGAACUAGAAUUUCAAGCCUUCCAUGCGUUGACUAGUUCUUUUCUCUUUCAGCCAUUUCACUCAAUUGCCUUGUUGUUAUCUCCUAUGGAAAGACCUUUUCAUUAUGAAUAAAAUUUUGUAGGGCAAUCUAGUGGUCGAGUUUGUUUUUGCAAACCGUUUAUUUCUCCGACUUCCAUUGUUAAACAAAAUAUAAUGGCAAUUAAAAGCCUAGCCUUACCUGUACUACAUCGUCUGUUUGCGCUUUACAGUGUCAAUGCAAUGUUGAUAUCACUUGCCUAAGGUCGUAUCAUUUUCAUAAUCCUCAUCUGGGCUGGAGUAUCUUGCUUUGGCCCACCUUGGAAUCUGAAAAACUCUGAGUCCCGGUUUAGCUAAAUGGGCAUGAGAUUUCUUCAUCAAGGGGAGCCCAAGUUCUGAAAGCUGCUGAAAGAAAAAGGGUAUCUUUCU